GACUGAGGUGGUGGUGGUGGCGUCCGUCUCCUGAAGGGCGUAAACAGUUCUACAAGUCCUCCAAUGCAUCCUCAGGUCAUCCAAACAAACAGAAGGAUCUUACUCAAGGAUUUUUGUUGUUGUGUUUGUGUUUGAUGGACAAAUAAAACAAACGGAGAACGAGACACAAAUAAAACCUAUUGGAUGUGUUGUUGGUGCAAGUCCAGGAUCCGUCCCCACCGCCUUAAGGAUCUUUCACGUGGAUGGAUGUCAAGGAUCUUUCCCAAUUGGUAAGGAGAAAUCCAGCAGUCACGUUCAUCUCAAGGAUCUUCUUCAGUCCCCAGGGAGAAGAUUCUACAGCCGCGCCCAAAGUAAGGGUCCCUCCAGGUGCUCAGGGGGACAUCCUUACAGAUAAAUCCACUUUGAGGAGUCGUCUGAGAUCCUACGGCCAGAACCACCUCAAUCCUUCACCCUAGCAUUCAAGGAGGGAGCCAAUCGUACAGGCAGGUCCUCAGGAUGUCUUCAGUGAAAUACAUAUCCGUCAAGCCCCUGGUCACCUUGCCGAGGGGCUUCUUACUCAACGAGAAGACAGAGGUGACAGCAGGUGGCGCCAGAGGUAAGGGCGUGUGGGCGGCGGAGGUGGGUGUAGGCGUGGCGGGCGUCAACACUCUCAUCUCCUCCAAGACCACACCCUUCAGGAGGAUCAUGUGGGGGACGACGCUGGUGGUGAGCCUGCUGGUGCUGGUGGCUGUCAUGGGGUAUCAGAUGAAUUACUUCCUCUCUUACCCUGUCAACGUGGAUGUACAGGUGAUACACAGCACUUCAUUAAGGUUCCCAGCUGUCACCAUCUGUCCCUACCCCAGGAACAACAUGAUGACCAUGGGCAGGAGUCCCCUGGCGGUGAGGGAGGCGUACCAGCAGGUGGUGGGGGAGGAGUACCCGGGGCUGAGGAACGCCAGCAGGGAACUCGAGAACCUCCUCAACACCAAGGACCUCUGGGACGCCACCGCCUGGAACGUCUCGGCCAUGAUCCAUGAGUGUUACCAAGGCCGUGGAGUUCUCUGUAACGAGACAGGGGCGUUCACUCUCAUCUACACCUUAUUCGGCCCCUGUCUCACCUUCCGAGGGGCCCCUACCACCUUAGCCGGCUCCUACCACGGCCUCUACGUCAAACUAGAUUACGAGCCGUGGGAGGAGGAAGGGGAGGAGGAGGACGAGGAGACAGGGGCGUGGUCUCCUAAGGGGUGGUGGGUGGUGGUGCACGAGGAGGAGGAAGACCCCAGCUUGUUGAUCAAGACUCACGGCUAUUUCAUCGGCUUCACCUGGAACAAGGAAAUUAGUCUGUCUCUCAAGCAGUUUGAGUCGCUGAACACUAGGAGUAAACACUGUGAGGAGGACCCACACUACCGUCAGAGUCACUGCCAAAACGACUGUUUCUCCAGGGCCUUCAGCGACGCCCUCCACUGCCGACUUCCGUUCAUGAGGGUUGACUCACCUUACUGCCAGGGGAGGGAGGUGUUGGAGAGUGCCGAUGACCUCCUGACGCGGCUACUGCUGGAGGGAGAAUGGCAACCUCACCUAUGUCACUGCCCCGUCCCGUGUCGGCAUACUGUCUACCACUACCAAGGGGACACUACUGACGAUCGUACGGACAGGAAAGCCAGGAUCAAGGUGUUCUUCCUCGACAUGGUGUUCGAGGAGGUGGUGGAGGAACUCAGUUACCCUUUCGCCUCCCUCGUCGCCGACUUCGGGGGGAUGGCCGGCCUUCUGCUGGGAGCCUCAUUACUGACAGCGUUGGAGGUGGUAGAGUGUUGUGUGGUGGGGUUGGCUCGCCUCUGUGUCCACCGGAGAGGUGUACUGGCUGCCACCCACCAACCCAAGGUCAUUCUCAGAGCCUCCUACGGUAAUAACCAGGCCACGUACGCUCACUAAGGCUCCUACAGCAGCUCCCAGGCCACCUACAGCAGCUCCCAGGCCACCUACAACACCCAGGCCACCUACAACACCCAGGCCACGCACAACAGCACCUGGUACACCUGUAACUGC